UCCGUAUGGGCAUGUGGGCCACAAUUUGCGCUGGCACCAGAUCCCAUUCAUUGGAAUGGACUCCUGUGCUGCAGGACACGCAGGGAAGAAAUUCCUCUGUGUGGGUGGUGCAGCUGCAGGUAUUUUGUGCGGGUCCCCCAUUCCUCUGUGUGGGUGGUGCGGCUGCAGGUAUUUGUGUGGGUCCCCCAUUCCUCUGUGUGGGUGGUGCGGCUGCAGGUAUUUGUGUGGGUCCCCCAUUCCUCUGUGUGGGUGGUGCGGCUGCAGGUAUUUGUGCGGGUCCCCCAUUCCUCUGUGUGGGUGGUGCGGCUGCAGGUAUUUGUGCGGGUCCCCCCCAUUCCUCUGUGUGGGUGGUGCGGCUGCAGGAAUCUGUACGGGUCCCCACAUUCCUCUGUGUGGGUGGUGCGGCUGCUGGUAUAUGUGUGGGUCCCACAUUCCUUUGUGUGGGUGGUGCAGCUGCAGACAUUUGUGCGGGUCCCCCA